AUGUCUAUCGAACGGAUAUCGCCACCAUUUUACAAGGAUACAACUUCAGGUGACCAUGUUACAACACCACCUCUCCAGGCUGAAGCGAGUCUGGCACAGGGCAUCGCGAGCACCAAUAGCGCAUCAUCGGCACGGACUCGAGAAGAGCCUCUUUGGCAAUCUUUACCGCAGGACCAACUCUUCGACUUUGGUGAUGUUGAUUUCAGCGUCGACUUCUUCCUGGGCGAAGGAAACAUCGAUCUGAAUGUGCCUAGCGCCCUGGGCUCUCCGACCAAUACCUCCCCGGGGCCGUCACUAGAAAUGACCGACACUCAUCUUUCUUCCUCGAGACAUGGGAUAGAUAUAGAUAUGCGGAAAGAAAAGGCCCCCGACUUAUCCGACCUGAUUAUCUCACCACCCUACAUCCCACGGGACUUUGAGGGCCAGAGUGGGACUGCAGCUGAUUCUGGUCAACCUAGCCUGCGACGCGGUAACAUAGCAGACAAUCAUGUCCUUCGCGAACGGCCCUCGCCAUUCUCAGACACUCCACAAACAGUCAAGCAACUUUUUGACAGGCAUCUCUGUGAUGUUCUUUCUAUCAAGGACGAUCCAUUGACAAAUCCUUGGCGGCUAUAUGUAUGGCCACUGGCUGAUGAGUGCCCGGCACUCUACCAUGCUCUUGCAGCGAUGACAUAUCUGUACCUGGGCAACGCACGGCCCGAAUUCAGUGGGGCUGGUUCAAGGAAUUUCCACGCCAGCCUCGAGGCUUUGGCACGGGGUCAAAACAAGCCGGACACCAGUCUUGAAGCCUCUAUCGCCGCAAGAUUGGCCCUUGGUUUCGCGGAAGCAUGGGACGACCAAGCAGCCUCUCCUGGUGUCGAACACAUCAAAACUGCUGGAACGCUACUUCGAGGCGCCUUCGAUAAAGACAGGAUUACGAGGCUAACGAGUGACGAGCUAGAUCGUUUGAACUUCCUGGCGCGCACUUGGGUGUACAAAGUCGUUAUGACUGGCUUGACAACCUCUGACGAUGGCGAGUUCCUCGACGUCGAGUCCAUAACAACCUAUCUUGAGCUUGAUCGUCUACCGGUCGAACAGCAGCUGGAUCCGCUUCUUGGCUGUGCAAUUACGCUGUUCCCGCUGAUUGCGCGUCUAACCAAUAUUAUCAAGGCUGUCCGGCGGAGGACCGAGAAACACAACUCUCCGUCCAUUAUCUCCAGAGGCGCCGAGUUAUGGACAGCCAUCGAGGACUGGAGCCCAUCAUUUGAUCCACAGCAGUCAGAAGACCCCCCAUCUCACGUCUCUGAUAUCAUACAGACGGCGGAAGCAUACCGUUGGACAGCGUUAUUAUUGCUCCGGCACGCCGUACCAGAGCUUCCGUGGGCUCAUUCAAUGUGGGCGCUUGCGGAGAAAGUGUUAAUCUAUCUUGCAACUACGCCGGUCACGUCUCGAACAAUGGUCAUCCAGAUAUUUCCGCUGAUGGCGAUCGGUGGCGAGGCAUUUGACGAAGAAGACCGCAACUGGGUCUGUCAGAGAUGGGAUGCCAUGGCCAAGCGCAUGCCAAUUUCGAGAAUGGACAAGUGCCUGAAAGUCACAAAGGAGGUCUGGAGGAGGAAGGACACGUUUGAAGCACAACGUGGCGCGUGCCCCAGCUGUGGUGCUUAUCGGCCGAGGUUGACCGGGACCGGCUCCCCCAUGGACACCUUGACGGACACGGACUUGUCUGUCGCAUCCUCCAAGAAAUCCGAGGAAGGGAGUCGCCGAUGUCGAUGCAACGCGGUCAAACUCAAUAAUACCCCGUCAUCCAACUUCCCGGACUCGUUGGCCUUCAAGAAAGGAAUCGACAACAUCACGAGGGCGGGCAAUUUGCAUUACACGGUGAGGGGGGAAUUACAUUGGUUGAAAGUCAUGGAAGACUGGAAAUGGCAAGUUGUACUUGGGUGA